AUGCGUCUACCUGUUAGAGCAUUCUCAGUGGCCAAGUCAAUCCCUGGUUCAAGAUACGUGUCGACGACCCUUUGCCUCGUUUGCAGCAGCCGAUUCCAUGGUCACCGAACCGCACCUGGGCUCGGAUGUCGCGAGUUCAGUCGAGCAACUCGUGAUGACGUGACGCAGCUAGGAGAGAAUGAUGUAGCACAAUCCAGGAGUCCCGGUAAAUCUGGGAGUGAAUCUGGUUUGAACGCGUUGAGAAGCAGGAAUAAAGCAGUCAAGGAUGACCUCAAAGCUGCAGGACCAAAUGCAAAUCGAAUCAUCCUAGGGCAGAGCCCUGAAUUGCCCAUCCGAGCUCGCUUUGCGCCAUCCCCAACGGGAUAUUUGCACUUGGGCUCUUUGAGGACGGCUCUCUUCAAUAAUUUGGCUGCGAGAGCCUCGAAAGGCGGUGCCUUCAUCCUACGCAUCGAAGAUACUGACCAGAAGCGGUUGGUAGGCGAUGCGGAGGAACGGUUAAUUAGAGAUCUCAAAUGGGCAGGUCUGUCUUGGGAUGAAGGUCCUGACUGCGGCGGUGCGUUUGGGCCAUACAGACAGUCCCAAAGACUUGAUAUUUACAAAAGCCACGUGAAAACCUUGCUUGACCAUGAGCAUGCUUACCGUUGCUUUUGCAGCUCCGAGCAGCUAGAGUUGCAGAAGCGAGAACUGCACAGAGCCGGGAAGUCUACUGCAUAUCCCGGCACAUGUCGCUCCAUUGCACCGCCCGAGUCAGAAAGACGAGCGCUUGACGGCGAGCCUCACGUGGUGCGUCUCAAGGGCGAUGCUUUUGGCCGGCCCAAGUUCCGCGAUGCCAUCUACGGGCUGUUCCAGAAGCAGGACCCAGAAGAAGAUUUUGUGUUGCUCAAGUCCGAUGGAUUUCCAACUUAUCACCUGGCAAAUGUUGUUGACGACCAUUUAAUGCACAUCAGUCAUGUUAUCCGAGGCGAGGAAUGGUUGAUAUCGACACCCAAGCAUCUGGCGCUAUACGAGGCAUUUGGUUGGAAGCCGCCCACCUUCGCUCAUCUCGGUCUGCUAGUCAACUCUGAUGGCAGCAAACUCAGCAAGCGGACCGACAGCGCCAACCUCUCUACGUACCAGGACAAAGGUGUCUUUCCGAUGGCUCUGCUGUCCUGGCUGGCAAAUUUGGGCUCUUCUUUCAAAGCCAGCAUCAAGCCCCCUCGAACGGUACCAGAUAUUGCCGAUGCGUUGACUUUCAAAUUCACACGAGGUGGCAUAAGACUCAACGCUGAGAAACUAGACCACUUCAGUAGCAAAUAUCGCGACGCCAUAUUGUGGGAUCCUAUACCUGAGUUGUCAGAAACGGAAACUAGUCUCAUCAGCGGCUUGAUCACCCAGCCCAUGCUGCAGGAGAUCGAUUCCGUCACCAAAAAAGCCGCCGCGUCGGAAAUGCUGCCGCACGGAUGGGACAGCCCGCCAACUCCCGUUCCUGCCAUGGCCAAUGAGAAGACUAGAGCUUCUUACGUUUACAACAUUUUCGCGUCCAAGAAAGGAGGGUUCCUGUCAGCCGAGACACUUAUACGACAGCACCCUUAUCUGCUCUGGCGGGUCCCCGAGAGUGUAUAUAAACGUUCACUCGCGUCAUACGAGCCAGAUGGACGAAUUUUACUAGCUCUCAGCUCUGCAGUCAACAACGAAGAGCUCUGGACCGCCCAAGGUGCAGAGGUGAUGAAUGCCGUUUUGACGGUGCUUGAAGGACAAGGCACAGACAAUAUCACACUUCACGAUACGAUAAGGCUCGUGGCUGCCGGUGGCCACGACGUCGUGUCUCAAAGCAGUUCCCGACUGUUUAUGCUUCUCGGGAGAGAUGAGUGGCAAUUCCGUCUCGAUACUCUGGGUCUGAUGUACGAUUAG